GCCCCGCCCCCUCACCCUGUGCUUGUUGCGCUUUGUCCUAGAAGGUUCCUGCGGCCCCUCACCCCGCACUAGGGCGCCCGCUGGGCUGCACCCGAUACAGGGGUCUGAGCAAUGGGUGUAUGUGCUCACCCCUCCCCCCGGCUCUAUGACGUUUGCACGUGAGCAGAUAGUAAUACAGGAGGAUAAUUUUGUCCAUAAAGAGGAUUAUGAGGCUGUUGUGAAGAAGUUGGAGAAAGAAGAGGAAGAGCACUCUAAGACCAAAAUCCUGCUUGCCAAGGAAGCUGAGAAGCUGCAGUUUGCGCUCGGGGAGAUUGAGAUUUUGUCCAAGCAGCUUGAAAGAGAGAAACAAGUCUUUGAAAAAGCACUUUCCAACAUUAAGACCAAAGCGCUAAAAGAAUCCACCAAAAAAGACAAGCUAAUAAGCAAAUGCAAUGAAAUCGAGAGCCAUAUUAUGAAACAGGAGGAUCUUCUCAAUGACAAAGAGAAUGAAAUUAAGGAGCUGCAGCAGUUCAUCACCAAGCAGAAGCAAACACUCAAGACUCAAGUGUCAGACUUAAAAAUACAGAAACAACAGGAAAGUUACAUAGCACAAGUGCUGGAAAAGAAACAGAAGAAGGGUUUAAAGUGAAUGUAUUAGACAUUACACUACCAUCCAUGUAUCCCCUCAGUAUGCAACUGCUGUUGCAAAAAGAUUCUAGUGCUCACAGUUACUGCAGUGGCCAACAAGACCAAUAGCAAUAUCCAGCACUAUCUCAGGAAGGUUGUAGAUGAGUCACCACAUUAACCCAUCAGUGGGCCUUGGCUUACACAAACAUACUUUUCCUGGCCUGGUGCAGAGGGGAGGCCCCCGGGGCAGGGGGAGGUCAGGGCGGGGGUUGGAAAGCAAGCCCACCCUGCACUCAUCCUUCAUUGGUGGCUUCUGUCCUGUGGGGCUAGGCCCAACUCCCCACUCCAGGCAGUGCGACCUGGCACAUGGGGUUUGCGUUGCUGCCGCUCACUCAAAUUUGGCCCAGCUACCCCUCUGUCAUGGCCAAACCUGAGUGCAAAGACAGACUCAGGCUGCUGCAGGUGUGGUUUAAUACAAUGGCCUUUCACCCCUGGAGCCUGGUGCAAGUGAAAUUAAUUAGAUGGGCUUCCCCUUGUCCUCUAAGCAUUUGUGUGCUUCACAAAGCCACCACCUCAGCUGGGUCUCUGCUCAGAGCAGGCCCUGGGUUGCAAUAGCGGCAGUUCCUUGGUCACUGCUGCUGUGGGCUAGGGGCUUAUAUGGAAACGCUCCCAUUGCCUAGCCAUGUUCUGCCCCUUCCUAGCCAGUGCUGUUUGUGUCUCACAGCUUCCCCUGUCUGACCCCCUGUACCCACCAAGAAAAUGGCAGGGACAAUCUCCUGAAGCUUGGUAAAUACUGUUAGACCCCAGAAGGGUGAUGGGAUGCAUGUACAGGCCAAGUGCCUUCAAAUAAAUGGUUUUAUACUAAA